GGAAGAAGCAUGGGGUGCUUGGAAGAAGAGAAGAACGCGCUGCUCAAGAUGAAGGCCGCCUUCAACCACCCGAAUGGGUCUUCUCUUCCGUCUUGGCGAGGCGGGGAUGGUGACUGUUGUAGCUGGGAAGACGUGGUGUGCGACGACACGACUUCGCGGGUGACUCAACUACAUCUGAACCAUGCACGCGAUUUGCGUUUGUCAUGGAAUUGGAUUAUUGACGAGUCUUUAUUCCUUCCUCUGGAGGACCUUCAAGUGUUGGAUUUAAGUUGGAAUUUUCUCUCAGAAUUAAACGGAGUGUUAUACCUGAAGAAAUUGAAGAGGCUAUAUCUAUCUGGCAAUAAUCUACAACGAGUCCCCUCAUUGUACAAGCAAACUUCAGUGGAGACCCAAAAUUUGUCUUCCAUUCAGCUUGAAGGUGUGAAUUUGGAGGUGCUAGAUCUUUACAAUAACAAUUUGGUGAAUGAUGCCCUCGCGGACAUUACGAGGAUAACAUCUCUUAAGGCCUUAUACAUAAAUCGUUGUGGACUGAAUGCUUCAAAUUUACUGGAAGGCUUGUGUGGAUUGAGAAACCUUGAAGAGUUGAAUAUCAAUUCUAAUGGAUUUUGGGGCCCUCUUCCUCCCUGCUUCUCCAAUCUGACCUCACUCCGGGCACUUGAUGUGUCGUAUAACAAUUUUAGCGGGGCCAUUCCUUCAUGUCUGCUCCAUAAUCUGAAGUCACUUGAAUAUAUUGGCUUCUCUGGAAAUGCCUUUGAAGGCUCACUUUCGCUUGCUUCCUUGGCCAAUACUUCUAACCUUGAGGUAUUCCACCUCAUCGACAACCGCAAUCGUCUGGAAGUAAAUACGGAAGAGCCCGCUUGGUUCCCUUCAUCUCAACUGAAGGUGUUUCGUUUAUCCAAUUGUGUGCUCAACAAAGACACGAAUGGCGUCAUUCCCAGCUUCUUAAAACAACGGCGUGACUUGAUAAGUGUUCGGCUCAGCCACAAUACAAUGAGAGGAAAUUUCCCAAAUUGGCUAUUGGACAACAAUGUGAAUCUAGUGGAGCUCGAACUCAAAGCCAACAAUUUGUCGGGUGCUUUUCAUUUGCCUUCCAAUUUGAAUCUUGAUAGCAUGCAAUCAUUCGAUGUGUCUGCUAAUAUCUUUGAAGGAGGGCUUCCAUCCUGGAUUGGUUAUAUCCUCCCGAAUUUGUUGUAUUUGAAUUUCUCAGCAAACUUAUUGGAAGGUAGAAUCCCUUCCUCCAUGGGCAAUAUGAAACGAUUGGAUACAUUGGACUUGUCAAAUAAUGGCUUCGCGGGAGAGAUACCAGAGCCACCGGCCGAAAAUAGUACGUCACUUCGUCUGUUGAAACUGUCAGGCAACAACUUGCAAGGCCAACUACCACCGAGGUUGUUUAACUUGUCACAGUUGACAUAUUUGUAUCUGGAUAGCAAUCGUUUCACAUGGGGCAUAUCGCCUCACAAAUUAAAUGGCUACUCAUUGCGAGUUUUGGAUGUAAGUAACAAUUCCCUAUCCGGAACACUUCCUCACUGGAUUGGAGAUAUUGAAUACUUGGAAAUGCUUAUGCUAUCGAGUAAUUUAUUGGAAGGCCCUUUGCCAUUGAGCUUCUGCAACUUGCAUCAUCUCGAUCUUUUAGACCUUUCAAGUAACAACCUUGGGCCGAAUAUACCCCCUUGUGCCAAUGUUACAAUUAUGAGGUUCUUGCAUUUAGCAAAUUAUACACUUGAAGGGUAUUUCCCUAAGUUUCUCUCCAGAGCUUCAUCAAUUGUCACAUUGGAUCUUAGACACAAUGCAUUGUCAGGUGAGGUCCCCAGUUGGAUCGGUUCGCUUAGGAACUUGAAGGUGCUUCUACUGCAAGGAAACAACUUUGAAGGUUCAAUCCCUCCGGAUCUGUGUCUGUUGAAAAACAUGAGCAUAUUGGAUCUCUCUCAAAAUAAUCUUUCUGGACAAAUUCCUUCAUGUUUGGAAGAUUUGACAUUUGGAAAGGAUGGGGUAUCUAUGAAUGCAUUUGAUACCGUGGAGUAUAUGUGGGAAUCUUACCAAAUAUAUGAGGGUAGAUUCAAUUCUUUUCAUGGGUAUUAUGAAGAAGACGCAAGUGUCUAUGAGUUUGAAUUAGAAGAAGUAAACUUUAUGACGAAGAGAAGGUUGGAAUCUUAUAAGGGCAGCAUUCUACGACUCAUGUCAGGAAUGGAUCUCUCACAAAAUAAUUUGACUGGCUUUAUUCCUCCAGAGCUCGGCCACUUGAGUGAACUUCGAGCCUUGAACCUGUCGCACAAUCAUUUGACGGGACCCAUCCCAGAAAUGUUUUCCCAUUUAAAGAAUGUAGAGAGCUUGGAUAUGUCCUACAACAGCUUAAUCGGUCCCAUCCCUCCACAACUGAUGGAGCUCUACGCCCUAUCAGAUUUUAGUGUUGCUCACAACAACUUGUCAGGCAGGAUACCAAACGGAAGAUUUCAAUUUGGAACUUUUGAUAAAGCAAGUUAUGAAGGUAACCCUCUUCUUUGUGGAACACCAUUAACAAGCUGUGAUAACUCAAAUCAAGUACUGGGGACACCGCUAUCUUUUAAUCAUACCAGGGAGGAUGACUCUUGGAGAGAAGCCUUCCUGUGGAGUUUUGCAGGAUCAUAUGUUGUGGCAUUCCUUGGGGUGGUUCUUUUUCUCUACCUACACCCGUACUAUCGGUACAUGCUAUUCGAGCUUGUUCGUAAGCUUAUCCCAUCUUUUCCCUAG